UAUAAAGUAACCCUAUUUCAGAGUGUAUUUGUUUGAAUUGAUAAUAAGUUUUUUAAAUCAGGCGUUAUCCUUCUUGUGAUUGGCUGCCGAGAUCGGUGCUGACUCAUCGCUUGCUUCAGAGUACAUACGACUUGUCCUUGUGCGCACAAAGCGCUUCCUUUGUGUCCUGAGGCGAUCAGGGGUAUUUCUGAUCUUCAAUGACACGUGAUUACCAAUGCCAGAUAACAAAUGUGACGAACCAUUUGCUCAAAAUAACAGUGAUACUGUGAAGUCAACUCGUCCUUUGCAUGUGAUUACUCAAUAUGCGAGAGCGGAUGUUUCUGAAAUACAUUCACCUGGCAGACCAACCAGUUUAGGACUAUGUUUAACAAACGCUUCAAAUCUGACAGAUCUGAAGAGCUGUUCCUUGUCGCUUCGUAAUGUUGUAUCUCAAGAAGCUUGUUAUCAGCCGUGGACGGUUCGAGCUGUAGACACCUCGGAGUUUGAGAAGCUUCUAGGACAUCUUGGCAACAAUGGUUCUACACCAGUAACCCCAACUAGUUUCUUAAACCCAAACAAUAUAACAGAGGAUCAAGAGUUGUUUGCAGA